GAAGUUUUCAUUCAUUACUUCUUCGCGCGGUUUUAAUUGCUCUGAAAAAUGUGGCUUUGGAUUCUUUGUCUCCUCGUUGAAGCGACAUGGGCAGCAGUUCCGGCUGUAAAUAGAGUUGUUGGAGGUGUUGAAGCUACACCCCAUAUGGCACCAUACGUGGUAUCAAUGCAGUGGGAAAAUUCAAAUGCAGAUGGAAGCUCAAGACAUUUUUGUGGUGGUGUCAUCAUUUCCCACGAAUGGAUCCUCACGGCUGCUCAUUGUAUCACCGGAACACCCAAAGAUGGGGAUAUGAUGGUCGUGGCGGGGAAACAUAAUCUGCACGAGAGGGAAGCAGGUGAGCAGAUGCGGAAGGUGAAUAGAAAGGUGACGCAUCAGCAGUUCACCGGUGGUAUUGGACCCUAUGAUCUGGCCAUGUUGCACCUGGAGCACCCACUUGAGUUCUCCAGCACUGUUGCAGCAGUUAAUCUCCCCCAGCCCGAUACUGUGUUCACGGGCGAAGCAGCAAUCUUCGGCUGGGGCAGUACAUCGAAUAAUCUCACACCAAACUUCCCCGCAACACUCCAAUGGGCCACACUACCCAUUGUGGAUUGGCAUGAAUGUGAAGCUGUUCUCGGUGGACCAGGUGCUACACCACUUCAUCCCACAAAUAUCUGCACAGGACCCCUCGAUGGGGGCCAUUCAGCAUGCCAUGGGGAUUCCGGAAGUGCUCUCAUUCACAUUAAUCCCACCACAAACGUCCACACACUUCUGGGAAUCGUCUCAUGGGGUUUCUAUCCCUGUGGUGCCAUUGGGAGUCCCUCAAUCUACGCCGAUGUGACGCACUUCAUUGAUUGGAUUCACAAAGUUGAAGGCAUCAAUUGAUCUCAUUGCAUCCGUUAAUCAUCCUCCCCAGAAACUUCCAAUAAAAUAAAAAUUCUCAUCGAACUUUAUUCGCGGGAAAACCUCUAAAAACCAUAAAAAAAA